CUCCUAUUAAAGACAGUGGUCCAGGAACAGCUAGCUCGCUUUCUUGUAACCAUUUGUAGGACAGCACGGUGAAACCGCUUACAGGUCCUAUUUUAUUUAUUUAUAUCGCUGGAACCAUAACUAAAGAAACCGUCGGAUUAAAAGUGUGCCACUUCCAACCAAAUCGUAAAAAUGAUGCCGCUUGCUCUUUUUUAACUUCAUGGAAACGCCCUGUCACGGUGCCGUCUCAGUUCAGUCCAUAACUACGGGGCGGCUUCCGACACCAAUCUGCCACCUAACCGCGCAUUUCCACUGGCCCAGGAUGGCACGCCUCUGGUCCGCUAUACGAGCCAAACCGUAAUCAACCAUUAUCUCCGCCCUCAGCCGAGCCGUAUCCAGGCAACGCUCUACUUCACUGGUUCCAAUGAGGUGACGUCAUUUAGGCGACAGGAGGAAGGAGCGCCAUGUUGAAAAAAAAAAAGUGAAAACAUUCCAGCUUCUCUUAGUUGCUCUGGUUUUCUGAACUGCAAAGAAGGAGAGAUCAUGGAGCCGCUGGUGCACUGGUCUCAUGAAGAGACCCGAGCGCUUAUCGGUGUGUGGUCAGAGGAGAAAAUCCAGCGUGACCUGGAGGAAUCCUUCAGAAACGAGACCGUUUACAGGGAGAUGUCAGGUAGGUUGGCUGCUCUGGGAAUAAGCCGCUCUGCUAAACAGUGCAGAGCCAAGAUAAAGAAACUUAAACAAGAAUAUAGAAACACGAGGAGACACGGUGAAAGGAGUGAGGCAGUUACAAAGACCUUCAGGUGGUAUGACGCUAUGGACGCUAUCAUGGGUGACAAGGGUGCCCGGACACAGAGCAGAGAGCGGCCGUCUUCUGUGGUACUGGAAGUCAUGGUUCCUGAUGUGGAAGCAAGUCCACCCACUGUAACAGACACUCCAGAAAACUGUACAACAUCCACCCAUUCACUGCCACUCACUCUGCCCAGACCAGCAGCUUGUCCUGCAGGGACCCCACAAGUAUCUUCCUUCUAUUCUGUUCACCUUCAUGAUUUUGAUGGUCCUUCUACAAGCAAUCCAGUCACCUCCACUGCUGUACAAACAUCAGUCAAAGACACCCCCUUGUGUUGUUGGUCGAGUAAAGAGGUCCAAGCAUUGCUGACCCUUUGGGCAAACCCCGAGGUUCAACAGGAGCUUCUCCUCAACGUGAGAAAUAAUAAAGUUUACACCUGCCUCAGUUCCAAACUGGCAUUGCUCGGUUUUAACAAAGCACCAAAGAAAUGCAGGGAGAAGAUCAAAAAGCUAAAGCAGGAGUACAAGAGGAUCAAGAACGGCCAGUACAGGGGUGGAAGCAGCAGUGUGUGGUUUGCCAUUAUGGAUGAAGUCCUCAGUUCCCAGGCUCUCACAGCAAAGCGUUCACAGACAGUGCAGCCUUCCUCCACAGUGCACUCCCUUGGUGUGCAGUCUGUUGCAAUGAAUGUGGAUACAGAUGAUGAAACACCGUGGUUGCCUGAUGAAGUCCAAGUGCUGGUGACACUUUGGGCACAACCAAACAUUCAGAAACAGCUUCUCACCGCAGCGAGCGAUCAGGUUUUCACGUACCUCAGCAGUGAGCUAUCACUGGUGGGGUUUAACAAGACACCACGUCAGUGCAGCGUCAAAGUGAAUGAGCUUAAAGAGGAGUACAAGAAAAUCAAGCAAAUGGAGCCAUAUGGAGUUGUUAAAGGCGACUGGUUUGCUAUUUUGGAUAGUGUUUUAGAUGCUGAUGGAGUGACUUUAAAAGAGGUGGAUUCAUGCGCUGUGCAGAAAAAGGCUAAAUCACCACAACAUGAGCAUGUGGAUGAUAAAUUGCGGGCUGUUUGGACACCAGACGAAGUCAGAGUUCUGCUCAGUCGAUGGGCAGAGGAAAGCGUCCAGGAGCAGCUUCGAUCAAAUCCGAGAAACGAGAGAGCCUUCGCUCAGCUGAGCUCCGAGCUCGCCACUCAGGGUUUUGAUAAGACCACGAGUCAAUGCAGGUCGAAAAUAGCACUCCUGACACAAAGGUACAGAAGGAUCAAGGCACAGGAAGACCCGGAAAAGCAAAAAAGCAGAUGGUUUGCCAUUAUGGAUGAAGUCCUCAGUCGCAGCAAGACAGACACUGAAACUAAACCAGUCAGAGAUUCAGAGCGUGCAUCUCUGCAGACAUCACAGCAGAGCCUACCUGACACAGCGGAGGGUUGCCGUUUGUCCGUCUCCUCGUUGUGCCUCCUGGUUCCAACUCUGCGUCUGAUGUGCGCCUUUGCCUGGCAGGUGGUUCAGUGUUGUAAUGUGGCACAGUACAGAAAGGUGGAGGAGCUGGUGAAGUUAGUGACGGAGGUGGCUCCAGAGCUGCUGACAGCCAGAGAGAGAGUGCAACUCCUCCUCAGACUGAGAGCCAGGCUUGUGCUGGAGUUGUGUCUCAGCGAGAACACGACUAACCUGCUGAAUAUCCAGCCCCACCUGAAUGUCAUCCGAGACCUCACCUUAAGCUGUGAACAGGAGGAUGCCACCGAGCUGGAAAAUUCAAAGUCCAACUUUGUGGAGGUUGUUCAUGCCAUACUGGAGAACCCAGAGGAGAGACAGAGGUUUUAUAAGGAGGUCUUCUCCAUAUACUAUGGCAAACAGUAUGAUGUCACACUGCAAACUUUGGUGUGGAAAUUCAUCUCCAGGCUGGAUAAUCUCUUACCAAUCCCUGAUAUUAGACAGACUGCACAGUGGCUCAGCUUCGCUCCCUCUGUCACAGAAGAAUGUGCACGCCUUAUUUUGGAACCUGAUCAGCUGAAGGCGCUACUGAACUUCCAUCAGCAACAGUCAGGAAACACAAACAAACGCUGUUCUCAAGCUGAUGAGAAUAUGUUUUUGCCAAAGCUGUCGUUUAAUCCCAAAGAAAACUUCCAGCAUGUUUCAGCACAACUGGAUGAAAUUUCAAGCAGCAAAGAUGAAAGACGGUUUGAUUACAGCGAGGCCGAAGAGCCAGCUGAUUGCAAAGCACCUGUGAAGGGCUGCGGGAAAGAAAGUGAAGACCUAAAGUUAAAACAUGAACAAAGCGAUGGCAUGGCACCUUCAGACUGCUCAGAUUUAAAUUGUACACCUUUGCAGCUGCAGACCUGCUCUCUGUGUCCCUACUCUGACAGCCAUGUGUCAGGACUUCUCAGGCACAUCAGAGAAGAGCAUCUGAUCCAGGAAUCUAGUCAUCUUCCUAUCACAGAUCCUGGGAAAGACUGCGUCUUUCAGAGAGUCAUAGAUCAAACGUUCACUCCUAAGAUGAGGAGGAUAACGGACACUUGUGAGUAUUGCGGGAAGGUCUUUAAGGAUGUAUCAGCCCUAACCAGCCACAUUAAAACACACACUCUUCCAUUCCACUGUGACAAGUGUGACAAGAAGUACUCCUCCAAGUGGUCGCUGACAGUGCACCGUCGGAUUCACACAGGCGAGACUCCAUAUCUGUGUUCGUACUGCGGUCAAGGCUUCAGGUCUUCAAAUAUCCUCGCUCUGCACGUCCGUAUACACACAGGAGACCGCCGCUACAAAUGUCCCAUAUGCGGAAAAACGUCAAUCCAGCAUCUGUCGAGACACAUGCGCAUGCACCGAGGGGAAAAGAACUAUCUGUGUACAGAGUGCGGGAAGGCUUUUCUGUCCUCUGGGGAGCUGAGGCUUCACAUGAGAUUUCACACAGGCGAGCGGCCGUACACGUGCAAACACUGCGGGAAAGGCUUCAUCGCAAAGUGCCUGCUGACCGUUCACACCCGCCAGCACACGGGGGAGAGUCCUUAUAGGUGCUCGCUGUGUCCGAAAUCCUUCCGCACUUUGAGAGCGCAGAAAAGACACCUGGUGAUACACUCGAGCAAAAAGUCUUUCCAGUGUUUGAAAUGUGGUAAAAUAUUCAGGCAAGAGGAAACUUUCAAAACACAUGCUGAUACUCACAAAUGAUUUAAAGGGGACCUAUUAUGCUACCACUUAUAUUCUGUCCAAAUUUUCAAGUUGUGCAGUCAGGGUUCAAACAGGAAAAUUCCAGAAGCCAAAACUUCAGGCUUCAGACUGCUAUAAAUGCUUGGCGUGCGCCAAUGUUUUUUUUUUCCCCUCUCUUGGAUCUUUAUGAUGUUAUUUAGAGCAAACCCACAAGGGGCAAACAGUCAGGGGAGCAGACAGAGAGCCAACAGUGACUAAACUAAGAGGCUGAGAUAUCUAAGGUAUAUUUUUAA